CGCAGAUCGCUGGCUGGCUAGCUGCUGGUAGAGAAGGCCAGGAAGGGGGGAGAAGAGAAGGCGAAGCCAAGCCGAAGAAACGUCGGUCGGAGAGGAGAGGAAAGAGAAACGCCUCUCACGUACGUCACGUGAGAACCAGAGAGAGCUCUCCGUCCGAUCCGAGGGUCUUCUUGCACAGGCGGCUAGCCAGCUUCUUCCGGUUCGGAGGGGCGCGCGGUGCUAGCUGAGGAGAAUUGGGCGGCGCGCGGCCGGGCAGCCGGCUUCCAUGGCGAGGCGGCGCUGCGAUUGACGGGCGACGAUUAUGGGCAUCCAAGUUCUUGCAGGGAACAAGGCGGCGACGCACGAGCACGACUUCCUCUCGCUGUACACCGCCGCAGCUAAUUAUAAGGACGCUCCUCUCCAGCUCCACGACUCCAAGCCACCUCCUCCCUCUCAAGGUAGUAAUUUCUUCCUGAAGACGCACGACUUCCUGCAGCCUCUGGAGAAGCCGGGAGCGCCGCCGCCGGAGCCGUCGCCGGCGCUGCCCGCCGCCGCCCCCGGCGCGGAGAGCAGGCACCGCCACCCGCAGGUGGCCGCCGCCGCCGCCUCCAGGCAGCAGGCGCUGCCCCUGCCCGGCGGCGUCGGCACGUUCAGCAUCUGCCCCGCGCCCGUCUCGGUCGCGCCGGCGGCGGCCGCCGUCGUCAAGGCGGAGCCGCCGCUCGUGCUCUGGGGCCAGCCCGCGGCGGCGCUCCAGCCGGCCGCGCGAGGGCGCCAGCAGCAGUGGGCGCUCCCCUUCGCCGGCGCCGGGCAGCCCAGGCCGCCGCCGCCGCGGCAGAAGCAGCAGCAGGCGCUGCAGGAUAGGACGGGGCGCGGCGGAGGAGCCGGGGUCAUGGAGUCCGGCUCCAGAUCCAGCGGCGGCGCGGGGUUCGACGACGACGACGGCCUCGCCGCGCGCCGCGAGGUCUCCUCCUCGCUCAAAGACUUCACAGUAAGGGUGGACAGGAAGGGUGGAAGCUGCAGCGAUGGUGGUACAGAUCCACAGCCAAACACACCACGGUCGAAACACUCGGCCACAGAGCAGCGCAGACGCAGCAAAAUCAAUGAUAGGUUUCGGAUACUUAGGGAGCUGUUGCCACACAGUGAUCAAAAGAGAGAUAAAGCAACAUUUCUCUUGGAGGUUAUCGAAUAUAUACGGUUUUUGCAAGAGAAAGUACAAAAGUAUGAGGCAACAUUCCCAGAAUGGAACCAAGAAAAUGCAAAGACACUUCCAUGGUCAAAUAUGUAUUUUCGAUCAUUCUGGAAAAAUGCGCAGAGUAAAGGACAACUCCCAGGAGAUUCCCUGCCUGACACUUCACAUUUCUUGAGAAAUGGAUCCUCUCCUGGAUCUAAUUUCACUGGGAGGCUCGAUGAUAAUCACAACAUGGUGACAUCUGCAGCUGCAUCAGGGGCACAGGAUCAGACUGAAACUGAUCACAUGGCUAGCGUGUGCUACAGAUCAGCAGAAACUCCAGCAAUUAUUACAAAUAAUGCUUUAUCUCAGUCCCAACCCCAAUGGGCAGGUCUGUCCCCUAUGGAUGAUUGUGCAGUGAACAGUCAAAUGCUUAACAACCAGCAGUUGGCAAUCGAUGAAGGAACAAUCGGUGUGUCCAGUCAAUAUUCCCAAGAGUUACUUAAUUCGUUGACUCAUGCCCUUCAAAGCUCAGGUGUAGAUUUGUCCCAAGCCAGCAUCUCUGUGCAGAUCAACCUGGGCAAGCGAGCAGUCAAGAGACCUGCUGCUGGUGUACCCUCCAAGGAACCAACGGACCCAGUAUCUAGCGACGAAAUAGGUCAGCAGCUGGCGAUGUUGGGUGGUGGCGCUGAAGACCUCUCUCAUGCAGCAAAGCGGCAUAAACUGUGCAACAGCUGAUGAUGGUCCCCGCCUUGCUCCCGGACCCGAUUGAUCAUUCUUUCCUUCCCAGCCAACGGGAGGCUCUUGGAUUGGUUGUACAUUGUGCUAGCUGUGACAGGUUCUGUGAUGAACGAGGCCCCCGGUGCAUUCUUUUGUUUGAUCGCUCCUGCCGUCCUCUUUAGUCCAUUGUUUACUUAGAGAAAACAAAAACCCCCUGGAGCUUCCAUUGCGGAUUGUGAAGCCGCUCUUGUACACAGGCUUCCAUUCAUAUGAGAAGCUUCCCCACCCUUGACAAACCUUAUGCUGUAGGCUUGUAGUAAACCUGUAAGAUAUCUCCAACAACUGUACCAGACUACCUGUUAGUCAAGUUGCUCGUUCUCUUGGGAGUACCCUGCAUAGUGUCGUUGCACCGUAUC